ACAUGAAUAAUCAAAAUCCUUUAUUAUUCCUCCAUUACUUCAUCUCUCUCUCUCGAUCUCUAUCACUUUCUAAGAUCAAAGAAGAAAGAUGUCCAAAGCUACCGUAGAACUCGAUUUCCUUGGUCUCGAGAAGAAGCAAACCAACAACGCUCCUAAGCCUAAGUUCCAGAAAUUUCUCGACCGCCGUCGUAGUUUCCGAGAAAUUCAAGGUGCGAUUUCGAAAAUCGAUCCGGAGAUUAUCAAAUCACUGUUAGCUUCCGGUGCUAACCAAUCCGAUUCAUCAGCCAAAACUCGUUCGGUUCCGUCUACACCAAGAGAAGAUCAACCUCAGAUCCCGAUUUCUCCGCUCCACGCGCCUCUCGCCAGGUCCAGUACGGAAGUCGUUUCGGGAACUGUUCCUAUGACGAUCUUUUACAAUGGAACCGUCUCCGUUUUCCAAGUGUCUCGUAACAAGGCUGAUGAAAUUAUGAAAGUCGCUACGGAAACAGCUUCUAGGAAAGACGAAUCAUCGAUGGAGACAGAUCUUUCGGUAAUUCCCCCGACCACUCUAAGACCAACAAAGCUCUUUGGCCAGAAUCUAGAAGGAGAUCUUCCCAUCGCAAGGAGAAAAUCACUGCAACGUUUUCUCGAGAAGCGCAAGGAGAGAUUAGUAUCAACAUCUCCUUACUAUCCGACAUCGGCCUAAACGAUCUCUUUUUAGAUUGGGACAUGGACCAAAUUUGUCAUUUUCACUCACACUUGGAUGUUAGUUUUGCAUUUGGCUUCUUCCCAAUCUCUUUUGAAGCCUUCUUCGUCGUUGCUAAAUCGUAUA